UCUCUACUGUAUGGGCAUGGCCUCACAGAGAGUCUUAGACAGUUUGCAGAUCAAGGCAUUUGCUGAUGUACUAACAUUAAACAAAAUCGUAAGACAGUAGCAGUGUUUAAAUAUGCACAAAUAGAUUCAGAUCACUUGAUCUUUAGCUUUCUGUGCAUAUUUUAAAAUUGGAGUCUGUAUUUCAAGACAAAUGGUAAAAUGUAAGACUUAUUUAAAGAGAACUACAAGUUCUUUGAUUUCAUUUAGAAAUUGUAGGGGUCCAGUUGAGCCCUAAUUAGGCAUAUUUUUUGUAAAACUCCAUGAGGUGUAUUUCCAAGGCAGGUCUGUGUCCUGCAAGGUCUGUACUUUUACCAUUAGUGAUAAUAGUUAGGGUUAGAACAAAGACAGAGUUGACAUUCAGCUUGUAGCUACUGACCCUUACAUUUAAGUGAAGGAGUACAGAAUGAACAUGAGCUUGCUGUGCUCUUUGGUAGGAAUACAUCCUUGUCUGUGUUGGUAGACAGAUAUAGCAUCGACAACUAGAGAACAGGCUACUAAAGUACUACGGUGUUUUAAAAAAUUAGUUGUUUUAUUUGUGAUAUGACAUAUUUCCUAAAGGUUGCCCACAACAGGACCUUGUGGGAAAGAAGAAAGCAACAACUUUAGUCAUUAAAGGAUUCAGUCAUUUUCCUUGAAGGUGGUGCUACAGUAAAAUGUUAAUGCCAAUUUCACAUCGACUGACACAGAAGUUCUAGGACAGUGUUGAUAUUUUGUUCGCAUUCAGUGCAGAUGUCCAUUCUGCAUUUGAAGAGAAAAGGAUGUGGAUUCAUAAUGGGGAGGGAAGAAGCAUGUCCCGUCUGUCUCUAACACGGUCCCCAGUUUCUCCCCUGGCUGCUCAAGGAAUUCCUCUCCCAGCUCAACUCACCAAAUCCAAUGCUCCUGUGCACAUAGAUGUAGGAGGACACAUGUACACCAGCAGCCUGGCUACCUUGACAAAGUAUCCAGAUUCCAGGGCUUGUCUACAUUACCCGCUGGAUCGAUGGGCAGCGAUCAAUUCCAGCGGGGGUCGAUUUAUCGCGUCUAGACUAGACGCGAUAAAUCGACCGCCAAGCACUCUCCCAUGGACUCCAGUACUCCACCAGGGCGAGAGGCGCAGGCGGAGUCGACGGGAGAGCGUCAGCCAUCGACUCACCGCAGUGAAGACACCGCGAAUAAGUCGUCUGUUUAAUGGCACAGAGCCUAUUGUCUUGGACAGUUUAAAACAACAUUAUUUCAUUGAUCGAGAUGGUGAAAUUUUCAGAUACAUAUUAAGUUUCCUAAGGACAUCUAAACUGCUACUCCCAGAUGACUUUAAGGACUUUAAUCUUUUAUAUGAAGAAGCAAAGUAUUACCAGCUGCAGCCAAUGAUUAAGGAACUUGAGCGAUGGAAACAAGAGAAAGAACAAAGGAAACAUUUCCAGCCUUGCGAUUGCCUGGUCGUAAGAGUGACUCCAGAUCUCGGGGAAAGGAUUGCACUGAGUGGGGAGAAAGCUUUAAUAGAAGAGAUCUUCCCUGAGACUGGGGAUGUCAUGUGCAACUCUGUAAAUGCAGGUUGGAACCAAGACCCAACCCAUGUUAUUAGGUUUCCUUUGAAUGGAUACUGCCGGUUGAAUUCAGUGCAGGUGCUAGAAAGAUUGUUUCAGAAGGGAUUUAACGUGGCAGCUUCAUGUGGUGGAGGGGUAGAUUCCUCCCAGUUCAGUGAAUAUGUGCUGUGCCGUGAGGACAGAAGACCACAACCCACCCCAACAAUCAGAAUAAAGCAAGAACCCCUGGACUAGAACCAACCCUUCCUCCUUUGUAACCAUAGAAGUGUUUAAUAGUCCCUUAUGUGAAACACUAAGGAUUUGCAAAACAGUAUUAGCAAACAAAUUGUGAUUUUAUGUUGCCAAUUAGUGAUAUUCGAAAACUACCUGUCACAUAGCCAGCCAUGAAACACAUUUGAAAAACCCACCUGUUUGUUUUUCAUGAUGAACAACUGAGCAUGCUCAGCGUACAAGGCUUUGUGGGAAUGUACUUUCAACCGAACAGCUGUGAUGUUGAAAAAGGCAAAGCUUCACAAAGUACUGACCCUUGAUUGGGCUUCUGCAGAAAGACCAAUUAAAGCAAUUUGAAUAUGUCAGCUGGAAAACAACAGUUCUUUUGACAGCACCCCUUCCCGCCUCAGUGAUAUUCUAAGGCAACGAAACAGGGUCCACCAAAAGAAAGAUGGUACCUUAAACACUGCACUGAGUAUCUUCCCUGUCUGAAUGCCACACUUCUCUCAUAUCAGAUGUGCUUUACACCUCCAUACGUUAUGUUACAUUUCUGUGAUUGUAACUCAUUUGUGCUAGCAAAUGGCUUAUUUUUAUAAAACUUUACAACUGAAAUAACUCUGCGUACAGAAUAUAAAAACAGAGAAGGACCAAUUCAUAGUCAUCUGGUGCUCAGUACUUUAAGCACAAUUGAGGACUAGUUGUUGGUAAUAUGUGCAAAAGUAGGGAUUUUUUAGUAAGGCCAUGUGACAUCAAAAGGGCAUAGCACAGGCCCCAAAAGUGGAGUUAUAGUUCUUUUGAGAUGCCAAUUUUGUUUUCUUCUUUCUCGCAGAGUUUCAGUGUUUUGCAUCAUCAGUGGAGUGGUGGUUCUGCCAAGCAUUUGCCAAAGCAUCUGCCAUUACCCUUUGUUAUUCGUUUACUGAACAUACUUAAAACCCACGUACAGGAGCAGGAGUUAACCAUUUUGGACACCCCUUAUUCUCCGUGGCCCUGGAAUUUUUACAAACGAUAAUAAAGCCCCAUACUUCUCUCUGUCUGACAGGAGCAGGCCAGGUUUUGUUUAGAUAUUUUUCAUUCUAUUAAUUUUGAACUACCAUUAAAAUACUGAUUUUAUAGCUGCCCUGUAUCUGUGUAUUUUUCGCUUUAAAGAAGCCAUUUGUCUGUAAGCGGUUAUUGUUCCUUUAACAAAUACAGUAUCAAUUCUUCUGACUUAUGCAGUUUCCUUAACACAGGAGAUAGCAUUGUGUUUGCAGGUGCAAGUAUAUAAAUAGCAUUCUGCUAAAUCCUGUUUACUGCUGUUUAGCAUGAUUGGGUCCUCAAUAACUAAUUCAUGUGUUAAUCGCAAUUUAGGUUCUCCCACAAUAAUUUAUAGAAUACUGUUGUAGAUGCUGAAUUUUAAUUAAAACUGUUUUUAGAUGCGUAGCUAUAUAGAACAAGGGACAGAGUAUUAAAUAGCAAUACUUGACAAUUCUGUUUCUCUAAUGCCAUCUGAUUACUUGGGCAGAAAUUAGGACUUGGAGUUUAACACUACAUUUUUCAAAAGUGCCGAGUGCCAGGUGCCCAUGCUGGAGACUGAACAUGGCUCUGAUUUUUGGAAAAUGCCCUCUGAAAAAUCAGGCCUCUUCAAAUUGCCCCAGAUUGGGCACCCAAAAUCACAAGUGACUCGUGAAAAUCUUAGCCUACUGGCCUGCUGCCUUAGCAGAACAGUUGACGGUCAUUUGGCCAAAUCUGUCUAAAGAUUUUUAAAGUUAUUUUAUUUCAUGGUUUUAUGCUUGCUUGACACACUACACAAAAUUGCUAGGUACUGCCAUAUUUGAAAAGAUGGCACUACGUUACCUUUCUAUGUAAGAUAUCUGUAGAAUUGUAUAUUAUACAUUUAAUAUUGUAAAAAAAUUUAACGUAUAAUUGUCAUGUAUUUGUGUAUACACAUUUCUGAUACACACCUUCAUGCCAUAAACAUUUCUGUAAAGUAAAAGAUCAAAACUGCAGCAAGUUGAAUGAACACUCACUUUAUCUCCCACACUCUUCAAGAGAGGUCAGAAGCUUGGGCUGUAUUUCCUCUGACCUUUGACUGAGUUCAGCUUAUUGUAGCCAUCUCUUCAAAAACAAUGUUUAUUGGUUCUAUAGAUUUUAGUUCAACUUCUGUUCAAAUUCUCCUUAAAGCAUCAGUUUAGCUCCUAACUUUUACCAUGUAUAUUCUGGUUUUGUGUUCAUUUCCUGAGCAGGGUGAUUCAGAGAUAAGUGGAGGCUGAACCCUUAUAUGUCUGCGCAUACUGUUCCAUUCAUUAACAUUCAGCUGGGAGAGGAAAGCUCUUCUGUAGUUACGGUACAUUCAGGCUUCAGGAGUAUGGGCCAAUCCUGCAGUCCUUACUCAGACUAAACUGCUGAAAUCAACAGGAAUUUUGGCCUUUGUCCAGGGUGGUAUCAGUAGGAACUGAUAUUAAGCACCUCUUCCAAGGGGGUGAGGAUUGUCAGCUCCAGUUGAAGUAAAAUGGAAGUUGAAGUGCCCCUGUGCUCCUCUCAGGAUCAAGCCCAUGGAUAGAAUGCUUUAGAUGUAUGUAGAGAGCCAUUAAGUAUUUGUGGUUUUGUUUGUCUGUUUUUUUCAGUUUGGUGUUCACCGUAUUUUUAUAGCUCAAUAAAGCAGCUACAGUACCGACAGCAGUUUGGUAAGGUGGCAUCAUAAAAGAUUCCAGGCUGCUCCAACUGAGUUAAAUGUGAACUUGAGAUGGAAAGUUUGAGCCAUGACAUCACAGCAUUAACUGCAAAAGGGCACUGGAGCAAGCAAGGCAUAUGGAAACAAUCACUUCGUUUAGAGAAAUAUGCCUUUUUUUUUUUAAAAGGAAAAGUUAAGCGAGGACAUGUUCUUUUAGUUAGCGACUGCAGGUCACUGAUUUAAUGUUUAUUACAGUUUCAUUUGUAUCUCUUUUACUUUUUUAUAUCCCUGUAUUCUAAAGUAGCAAUAUCAGCAAAAACUGAUGUGAAUUUUUACUUCUGUCCUAAACCAGAGUAACACAACUUGAUUAAGAACAUUGCUCAGUGUCAUGUAAAACAGUUUUUAAAAUAUCAUCACGUCUAGUAAAACUGUGGUUUGCAGACAGCGAAUGCUUUUCGUUUGAACGCCGAAAAGUAAACAUACCUUCUUUUUUAAUCUAAUUUCACUGAACGUAAUUGGUUGGAAUCUUUGCUGAGCACUGAAACUGUGGUUUUGAAAACUUCAGUCUUCUCUAGCACUUUUACAUGUACUGUUCUGUGCCACUGUGCUCCCAAGUCUGCCAGAAAAGUGAAAGGAAAAUGUUAUGUUGUGCUUAUUGGACAAAUCUUUAAGAAAGCAAAUGUUGUGUGCAUUCAUUGACUGUAUUUAAUAGCAUCAAGGUUUGUUGACAGUUUUAUUAGAUGUUUGACAAAGAAUAAGAAUCAGCACAACAGAACAUUAAAUACUCAGUUUAAGUAUUUCUUUGUGGGUAUUGUUAAUAUUUUAAUGCAAAAUGUUUUUGAACAGUGCUUAAAAACUACAAGACAAUGUGAAACUGAAAUUAAUGUUUGAUAAAUUAAUACUGUAUGUCACUCAAA